AAAGUGUGGAAAAACGUAACAAUCGCAAACGGAAAUGACACUGGUAUAUCGGUCAAGCAGAAGCUCGUACUUUUAACAUACCGACAAACGUAAAUGUUAUUAUCGCAAUUGUUUCUCAUACUGACACGGCCACAGGACCUCUCAGGGUCUCCGUAGAAGGGCUGUGACAAGGCUGCACAUGCGCAUUACGUUACAUGGAUUUCACAGGCUUCCGGUGAUCACCCGCCACCAACCAUAAACAUGGUCCGUAAAAGAAGUAUAGUGUGGGGCUUUUUUAAAAACGUCGACACGGAGUCGGUCCAGUGUCUGCUCUGCUCAGCUUAUCUGGUCAGACAGGGCCCCACCACGAACAUGCUGAGACAUCUACGUGUCCAACAUCCCACCGAGUUCAAGAAAAUUAAGGGAAGGCUGCCAGAAACUACCCCCAUCAACGGUGAUCAAGACACGGACAUGGACAGCGAACAGUUCUGCUCCGUGGAAGUGACGCUGGAGAAUUCUGACGCUUCUACCACAGAGGAUGGUGCUGUAUUGAACUCUGCUGUUAAUGGCACCCCAGCAGACCAAAUGACGCAUGAGGAGGCGAGUGAUGGCCGCCCUGCAAAAUCUAGACGGAGUUUGGUUUGGAGGCACUUCGAGCGCUUGGACAGUUUGGGUGCCGCUCGUUGCCGCAUUUGCAUGCAGAAGUUGCAGUGCUUUGAAGGCGGCGGCACCAGCAACCUGCGUCGACACAUGUCAUCCAGACACCCAAAGGUGUUUUCUCAGCUAGUGUCCAACAGGCAGAACCCACCACCAUCCCACUCAUCGCAGGCCUCAGAUGUUAAUGGAGACACACUGACACCACCAGAGACUGUCGGGGCCACAGAGAAGAGCCUGUUUUCAGUGGAAGUGGCGCUGGAGGACAGAGGCUCUGAUUCUCUUACUACGGGGAAUGAUGCUGACUUGAAUUCUGCUGCUAAUGGCUUCGUGGAGGCUGCACAGGAAGGUCCUGUACGACGGAGACGGAGUUUGAUUUGGAGGCACUUUGAGUGCUUGGACAGUUUGACUGCCGCUCGUUGCCGCAUUUGCAUGAAGAAGAUCCAGUACUUUGAAUGCAGCAGCACCAGCAACCUGCGCCGGCACAUGUCAAAAAGACACCCCAAGGUGUUUGCUCAGCUAGUGGCCAAUGGGCAGAACCCACCACCAUCCCACUCAUCGCAGGCCUCAGAUGUUAAUGGAGACACACUGACACCACCAGAGACUGUCGGGGCCACAGAGAAGAGCCUGUUUUCAGUGGAAGUGGCGCUGGAGGACAGAGGCUCUGAUUCUCUUACUACGGGGAAUGAUGCUGACUUGCAUUCUGCCGCUAAUGGCAUCAUGGAGGCUGCACAGAAAGGUCCUGUAAGAGAGAGACGGAGUUUGAUUUGGAGGCACUUCGAGUGCUUGGACAGUUUGGCUGCCGCUCGUUGCCGCAUUUGCAUGAAGAAGAUGCAGUACGUUAAAGGCAGCAGCACCAGCAACCUGCGUCGACACAUGUCAAAAAGACACCCGAAGGUGUUUUCUCAGCUAGUGGCCAACGGGCUGAGCCUGCCCCCAUCCCACUCAUCGCAGGCCUCAGAUGUUAAUGGAGACACACUGACACCACCAGAGACUUUCGGGGCCACAGAGAAGAGCCUGUUUUCAGGUGCUUCGAAAGUUUCAAGAGCAUAUGAAGGACAAAAGCAUCUGUUGAGGAGGGAGCAGGAGCUGAUAGAAUCACUGAGGAGAGCACAGAGGGAGGAGGCUCGGGCUCUGGAUCAUCAGAGGGAACUGCUUGAGAGGCUGCGUGCAGCGAAUGCCAGGGAGGCAGCUGCAGAGAGGGAGCAAAUCCAGUCAUUGAGGAAAGCACAGCUGGACGAAGCCAAAGACUUGAUUAGACAGAAAGAAGAGCUGCAGGAGGAAAAGGCAGAGCUGCAGAAGAGAUGGGAAGAGCUUGAGCAGGAAAGAGAAGAAUUUUUCUUGUUUUCCAGAGGACAGCAAGCCUCCUGAUUCAGCAGCAUAGUUAUUUUGCUGUUAUAAUUUAUUUCAGGUUUCCUGUAAAUUUCUUUAAUUCUAAGCCAUGAUGUAAACAUAUGAAACCUCUUUUAGUAAAAUAUAUUUUGCAAAAGAGA